AUGUCGUCUCAGCAGGCUCUCAAUGCCCUUGGCCACGCCGUAUCUGGCUCUGUAGGGACAGCCGUGUCAACAGCAUCUCUGUACCCAUUGGACCUGGUUACCACUCGACUCAAGGCGCAGCGAAAGACGGGAGGCUCUACAGGCGACUACGAUGGUGUCAUUUCAGCUUUCAGAGGCAUCCCUGCCAACGAAGGAGGGAUCAAGGCACUGUACAGUGGACUGGGGACAGAUGUGGCCAAGUCGGUAGUGGACAGUUUUCUAUUCUUUGGAUUCUACAACUACCUACGCCCUCGACAUCGCAAACCUAAGAUUGUCGAAGAGCUUCUUGUGGGCGCCGUCGCUGGAGGGUGCGCCCGGGCCCUCACCACCCCGAUUUCGAAUGUUGUCACGAGGAAGCAGAUGCUGGGGAGUGAUCAGUCGCUUCUGCAGAUUCUCUCCGAGAUUCAGAAAGAAAGCGGAUUGCUAGGUCUCUGGUCUGGCUACUCGGCUACCCUGAUGCUCACUCUGAAUCCCAGCAUUACCUUCUUUGUCAAUCGACGGCUGGCUGCGCGUAUCUUGCCAGCCCUCGAAGAUGAGGAUUUUCCAGUGGCAUGGAUCGCCUUCUUGAUUGCCGCCUCGAGCAAAGCUACUGCCACUGCCAUCACAUACCCUUUCCAGACGGGCAAGACGCGUCUUCAAAUGGCGGGUAGCGCGGCGGAUGCUGAUGUGGAGAAAGGGCAGAGCGGGAAUUCGAAGCGUAAGCAUAUACUGCGGAGGAUUCUUGAUCUUCUCAAUCAGUCCAUAUUUGGCGUCAUUAUUCGCAUCAUUACCAACGAGGGUAUGAAGGCACUCUACGCUGGACUUCAGGGAGAGCUCCUCAAGAGCUUCUUCAGUCACGGAUUGACAAUGCUCACCAAGGGUGUUAUUCAUCGGUUUGUUGUUCGUGUAUGGGUGAUGAUGCUGUUGCCCUAUUUGCGACAGCGAAAGCUGCGGAUGAAGUGA